AUGGAUGGUAAUCCAAAAGAAUGGAGAAUUAUGUAUCAUGGUACCAAUUAAGGUGCUGUUAAUUCAAUUAUAAAAAACAAUUUAAUAAGUGGUGAGAAAUAACAUCAUUAAAAUGAUGAAUGUAUUAAUGAGCUUGGAGAGAAAGUUAAAGUUGGAAAAGGAAUUUAUUUUUCAAAUGAUAUUAAGGUCUGUAUUGAUAAUUAAUAUGCUAAAUACACUUAGGUUGGUGAAAAAUAAUUUGCACCUAUUUUUAUGUCAAGAGUAAAUCCCAAGAAAAUUAAAUAAAGUAAAAUGAUGAAAUCAAAACAAUUUUUCGUUGUUAAUAAUUCAGAAGAUGUGAGACCAUAUAGACUCUUAUUGCAUGAAAAAAAAAAUGAAAAAAAAAAUGAAAAAAAAAAGGAAAAUGAAAAUUUAAAUUAAAAUUUUUGUAUUUAAUUUUGA